UUUUUUUUUUUUUUUUUGACACAGGGUCUCUCUCUGUUGCCUAGGCUGGAGUGUAGUGGCACAAUCACGGCUCACUACAGCCUUAAUUUCCCGGGCCUCAGCGAUCCUUCCAUCUCAGCCUCCUGAGUAUCUGCGACUACAAGCACGUGCUACCACACCAAGCUAAUGUUUUGUAUUUGUUGUAAAGAUGAGGUCUCACUAUGUUGCCCAGGCUGGUCUCAAACUCUUGGGCUCAAGAGAUCCUCCCGCCUCAGCGUCCCAAAGUGCUGGGAUUAUAGGCAUGAGCCACUGGGCCCGGCCGAACUCCGUACUUUCAACCACAACUAAGAAUCCAUAUUUCUAGCCCAGACCUUAUUCUCAGCAACACACCUGUGUACACCAACUGCUUAGUUUGCUCCUCUUGGCAUCACGACAUCUCCAACAAAGCCAGAGUGGAAACCCUCAUCUCUUACUCCCACCUUGAGGGGGAGCUCCUGAGAUGGAGAACACAGGUCUGUCCAGCCCAGAAGCCAGGAAUGCAUGCCCUCCGGGGCCAAGCUGCCUCCCUUUGAAAGAAUGAAGUCCCAUAAACCCAUAUCACAGGUUAAUAAUGCAAAAGGACUGGGCGGGAUAGCUCACGCCUGUGAUCCCAGUGACUCAGAGGCUGAGGCAGGAGGAUCGCUUGAGCUUGGGAAUUGGAGGCUGCCAUGAGUUAGAUUACGACACUGCACUCUAGCCUGGGUGACAGAGCAAGGCUCUGGUUCUUAAAACAAAAACAAAAAACAAAAACGGCUCCAAUAAGGUAAACAGCAGCAGCAACAUACAUUAACUCUCCCAGGGGACCAACCCUCCUCAUCACCGGAUUGCAUGGCCAUGUUAAAAUACCGCCACUUGGUGGCGGCAUUCUUCGAAUGGAAAAUAGCAUCUGAGAUGCUGAAAUGACAAAGGCCUGGGCUGCUUCGGGUCAGAGAGUGUCAAUUCACACUGAAUCGAAGUAGGACUGGACCACAGUCAGCCUACUCUCAGCUUUCCCUUCUUAUUCGGGGUCAAAACCAACAGGCGUCUUCCCAAAGCGCCGCACAAGAGUGGGCUCCUUCGUUUUCCUGGAGCAACUCACUUGCUGGUAUCUCAGUCAUUGUCAAUCAGUCAGUCAUUGCAGGGACAGCCAUAGACAAUUACUCUCGAGCUGGUCCGCCGGUCAAUCAGAAUCCAAUCGAAUCCGUUCUUGUGGUCGGUGGAUCCACGAGCCUGUACCACCUGCCACCAGCGCCCGGCGCGUUCUGUAGCGGAAUCACCGCAGGUGACGGAAUCCACGCCCCUGGGCUCCGCCCCUUCGUAGUCGCGCCCAAUCACAGAUCUGACCCUCCCAGGAGGGCCCGUCCCCCGGCCCACAGCCAGUCACAGGCCCCGUCCUUCCAAAACACUGCCCUAUCAGAGGCCAAGCUCUCUAGGAAUUACCUACCCUUUUAAUGUCCCGCCCCUAUGACGGACCCAAUCGCAGGGCUCUCCCUCCCCGAAACCCCGCUCCCAGACCGGCGUGUCUCAGGUUUGCGCCACUCUAGGCUGAAGCGGCGGAUGACGCAACCGGGCCGCGCCGCGAGAAGGUCACACGGUUCUCCAACAUGGCGGCGGCGGCGGCGCUGCGGAGUGGCUGGUGCCGCUGUCCACGGAGAUGCCUCGGCAGUGGAAUCCAAUUCCUUUCCAGCCACAACCUACUCCACGGGUCGACCUAUCAGAUGCGCCGGCCGGGCGGAGAGCUGCCACUGUCCAAAUCAUAUUCUUCUGGAAACAGAAAAGGCUUUCUGUCCGGCUUGCUAGAUAAUGUCAAACAAGAAUUAGCCAAAAACAAAGAAAUGAAAGAAAGUAUUAAAAAAUUCCGUGACGAGGCCAGAAGGCUAGAAGAAUCAGACGUGCUCCAGGAGGCCAGAAGGAAAUACAAAACCAUCGAGUCAGAAACCAUGCGGACGAGCGAGGUGCUACGGAAGAAGCUUGGGGAGCUGACGGGCACCGUGAAGGAGAGCCUUCAUGAAGUCAGUAAAAGUGAUCUGGGCCGGAAAAUCAAGGAGGGUGUGGAAGAAGCAGCCAAGACAGCCAAGCAGUCAGCCGAGUCGGUAUCCAAAGGUGGGGAGAAGCUGGGCAGGACGGCGGCCUUCAGAGCCCUCUCCCAGGGGGUGGAGUCGGUGAAGAAGGAAAUUGACGACAGCGUCCUGGGGCAGACCGGGCCCUACCGGAGGCCGCAGCGACUCCGGAAGAGAACGGAGUUUUCGGGAGAGAAGUUCAAGGAGGAGAAAGUGUUUGAGCCAAAUGAGGAGGCCCUGGGGGUGGUGCUGCACAAGGACUCCAAGUGGUACCAGCAGUGGAAGGACUUCAAGGAGAACAACGUGGUGUUUAACCGGUUCUUCGAGAUGAAGAUGAAGUAUGAUGAAAGCGACAACGCGUUCAUCCGGGCAUCCCGGGCCCUUACGGACAAGGUCACCGACUUGCUGGGGGGCCUGUUCUCCAAGACAGAGAUGUCGGAGGUGCUCACAGAGAUCCUCCGGGUGGACCCAGCCUUUGACAAGGACCGGUUUCUGAAGCAGUGCGAGAACGACAUCAUCCCCAAUGUCCUGGAGGCCAUGAUUUCUGGAGAGCUUGACAUUCUCAAAGACUGGUGCUAUGAAGCUACUUACAGCCAGCUGGCCUACCCCAUCCAGCAGGCCAAGGCGCUGGGUCUCCAGUUCCAUUCUCGCAUCCUAGACAUUGACAACAUUGACCUGGCCAUGGGCAAGAUGAUGGAGCCGGGGCCGGUGCUCAUCAUCACUUUCCAGGCACAGCUGGUGGUGGUGGUCCGGAACCCUAAAGGCGAGGUGGUGGAGGGCGACCCGGACAAGGUGCUGCGGAUGCUGUACGUGUGGGCGCUCUGCCGAGACCAGGACGAGCUCAACCCCUACGCCGCCUGGCGGCUCCUGGACAUCUCAGCCUCCAGCACCGAGCAGAUCCUCUGAGUGCGGUGCCACAGCCAGGGAGCCCCGGGCUGGGUCAUCAGGCACAGAGGCACCACGACACCCCCUGCAGCAACUCCAGACCUCUGGGAACAAGACUGCGGGCUCUGCCCCCAGCUCUGCCAGAAGAGCUGCAAGACCAGCUGGCCGGGGAGGGGACAACGGGCUGCUGCAGGUGCCUGGCAGCUGGAGACACUCCCCCCAGGGCCGGCCCCUGCCCUGUUGCUCUGCCCUGCAGGGGUCCCGGUGCCUGGUCACCUGGGGUGCACACAGGCCACCCAGUGCCAAGAGGCCCCAGGGCCCAGGGACUCCCUCCACAGCAGGGUGGGACCCGGGACCUACUGCUCAGUGGCCCGCUGGCCACGUCAGCUAAGCCACUUUAGGUCCAUUUUUUAUUUUAACAGUGCUCUUCCAUUCUGUGCGUAAGCCCGAGAUUUGGAAAGAAUAAAACCGAAUUGCAGAAGAGCA